AUGGCAAGCGCUCCCGUAAACGUCUGCCAGUUUCGACGCACGCAGCAAGCUGAAGGACCUGCCGCCGUGCUGGCCAUAGGCACGGCCAACCCGCCGCACUCCGUGCCUCAGGACGAGUUCCCAGACUACUUCUUCCGCGUAUCCAAGAGCGAGCAUCUCACCGACCUCAAGGUCAAGCUCAAGAGAAUAUGUGAGAAAUCAGGUAUAAAGAAACGCUUCUUCCACAUCAACGAGGAAAUACUCGGCGCCCAUCCAGAUUUCAACGACCGAGAAAAGCCGUCGCUGGAAGCCCGAAUCGAGAUGACGGCAACGGAAGUCCCCAAGCUCGCCGCGUGCGCCGCUGCCAAUGCCAUAACGGAGUGGGGCCGCCCAGCCACGGACAUCACGCACAUCGUCUUCAGCACCUACUCCGGCGCGCGAACCCCGAGCGCGGACCUCCGCCUGGCGUCGCUGCUGGGCCUGCGGCCCUCCGUGUGCCGCACCACGCUGAGUCUCCACGGCUGCUCCGGGGGUGUCCGGGCGCUCCACCUGGCCAAGGACAUCGCCGAGAACAACCACGGCGCACGCGCGUCCUCGCGUCGGCUCGAGAUCCCUCAUCUCGUACUGCGGCCCCACGGACGGGCUACGAUUCCGAUGACCGAGGACGCGAUCACCACGCAGUUCGCGCGGGGCGGCAUGGAUUACCACAUUGGCAAGCAGGUUCCGACGAUCGUGGAGCAGACCAUCAAACAGUGCUUGCUCGACGUUACUGGGACGCUUGGCAUCGACGUGGUGACGUGGAAUGACCUCUUCUGGGCGGUGCACCCUGGCGGCCGUGCCAUCUUGGACAGCGUUGAGGCAGCUCUCAGACUGGAAACUGAGAAGUUAGCAGCCAGUCGCCAUGUGCUUAGCGAGUACGGUAAUAUGAGUUCUGCGACCGUCGUCUUUGUGCUCAAGGAGCUUCACCACCGACUGACCGCCAAGGACGACGGUGAUGAGGAGACUGCCGAGUGGGGGGUCAUGAUAGCAUUCGGACCGGGGAUCACAGUUGAGAUAAUGAUCCUGCGUGCCACCACCAACCUCAAGGAAAACUAUGUUUAA